CUCUCUCUCUCUCUGCUCCAAUCAGACUCAAAUUUCAGUGACUUUAAUCUGAAACUGAAACCCGCCGGAGAUGGAGAAGACGACGCCGUUCAAGAAUCUCCUAAGCAGAGAGUACCGUGUCCAUGAGAAGGAGGUGCGAUCGGUGGCUUGGAACUUCACCGGAACCAAGCUCGCCUCGGGUUCUGAGGAUCAGUCCGCUAGGGUUUGGCACAUUGAGCCUCAUGGAAAUGGUAACUCUGUUGAAUUGAAGGGGCACAGGGAUAGUGUGGAGCAGCUGUGUUGGGAUCCCAAGCAUGCCGAGUUGGUUGCCACUGCCUCUAUGGACAAAACUGUUCGUCUCUGGGAUGAUCGUACCGGGAAGUGUGUGCAGCUAGCGGAACUUAGUGGCCUGAACAUUAACAUUGCAUAUAAACCUGAUGGCGAGCUCAUAGCAGUUGGUGAUACGAACAACGAAUUGACAAUUUUGGAUGUUCGGACGUUUAAGCCAAUUCACAAGAGGAAGUUCCAUUACGAGGUAAAUGAAAUUGCUUGGAACACAACAAGUGAUAUUUUGUUCGUGACAACUGGAAAGGGCGUUGUUGAGGUGCUAUCAUACCCAUCUCUUCAACCACUUGAAAGUAUCAUGGCUCAUACAGCUGGUUGUCAUUGCAUUGCAAUUGACCCAUGUGGAAGAUAUUUUGCUGUUGGGAGUGCCGAUUCCUUGGUCAGCCUAUGGGAUAUCUCGGAGUUGCUCUGUGUGCGAACGUUCACAAAAAUAAAAUCGGCUGUGAGGACAAUAAGCUUUAACCACAGUGGAGAGUAUAUUGCUUCUGGCAGUACAGAUUGUUUCAUUGACAUAUCAAAUGUUCAAACUGGGCGUACAGUGCAUCAAAUUCCAUGUGGGCCUGCCAUGAACAGUGUUGACUGGAAUCCUAAAAGCAAUCUGCUUGCAUAUGCUGGGAAGGACAACAUCAAUGAAGGUAACAUGAGAAGCUUCCUGUUCCACCAAGCUCAUUCAACAGAAGGCAAACUCAACUGAUGCAAUGUUUUUGGUUUCCCGGAUUUCUUUGUUACAGGUAUUGUGAGGAUCUUCGGCUUCACAAGCACGGGCUAAUGUGUAAUCAUUUGCGAUUUGCGUCUCUCUUGCUUCUUUUGGAUUAUAAAAUGCGAUCACCAUUUAGUUCUGUUUGCUCCAUCAGCUCUGUAGUUCUUUGGGAUAUUUGACUAAGCGCUGCCUCUGACCUCCAUUAGAUUCUGUUUCACACUAUCUUUUGGCUUGUAAGUGGAGCACCCUUGUUCAUGUGCAAGAGAACAGUUUGUUAUACAGCUGAAAGUUUUAUUUUGAAACUAAUCAACUAUGUUAUA